AUGUCUCAGUGUAUGCCCUCUAACCUAUGUGUGCUAAUGCUGCUGCUGACCCUGCUGCUGCUGUCACCAUUCAACUUCAGCUACGAGGGGCUCAGCACAGGACCUGGCUGCCAUCUAUACCCAUUUAACGUGACCAUCCGUAGUGACCGGCGUGGGACAUGUAAGGGAACCCAUGUUGUGUAUGCCUGUGUUGGAUACUGUGAGUCCAGUGCCUUUCCCUCACGCUACUCUGUCCUGGUGGCAUCUAACUUCACUCACAACAUCACCUCAGCGUCAAGAUGUUGUACCAUCAGCAAGGAUGCAAAGAUCAAAGUUCGUCUGAACUGCCCUCGUGCUCGUCAUCACAACGACAUUGAGAUCCUGACGGCGCGGGCCUGUCACUGCGACAUGUGUCGCAAGUCACACUACUGA